AAAUUGAACUGUUUCCCAAAUUGGCUGAAACAGAAGAUUAUGAGGAGGAAGAUGAAAUGGAAGAUGAAAGGACAGAGUUGGAUGAAGACGCUACUGUAAUUGCCAGUAGACAUAGUGCAACAAACCAAAUACAAAAAAGCAAGUUCCAGUUUACCACAUCUAGCUACAGUCAGGAAAGAAUAGAAACAAAAUUCAAUGGAGAUGGAACACAGAGAUAUCUUACAGAAGAAAAAGACCUGCACGGAAAACAUGAUCGUUCCAAAACAAUUUUUCAUCAAACUUCUCCACCUAUCACUGAAGGACUAAAGGAAGAAAAUAACCCCAUGGAAUUUCAAGCAGCAACGGCAAUUGUUCCUCCCGUAAGCAGCUCCACCAAAGGUAAUGAGGAAAAGUAUGCACACACCUUUUCCGGCAACGAAACAACCAGAGAAUCUGCUGCUGAUAGUAGUGCAGAUGAUAUAGAGAUAUCUGCUUUUAAGCCUGGCCCAGAAACUGAUGACUCUUGGGGUUCCAUUCCUAUCACCUCUGCUACCCAGUUAGUUACUAUGGAGACAUCUCAGGAAAAUACUUUUAGUUCUGGAAGUCCAGACACAACCACGCAGGAUGAUCUUUCUCAAAACAAUGUCAAAAUUCUAUCAGAAGACAUGUUACCCUCAAAAGCAGAAGAAUCUGCCCCCAAAAUACCUGCAAUCAGUGAAAACGAGUGGUAUUCUAAUAGCACAGAUAGUACUUCUGUUGCAUUGGAUAGCCAGGAUCUUUCUCAUAUUAACCCCCCUAUUCCUACAACAGCACUUUAUCCUAAUGAUCCCGUGGGGCCACAAGAUACUUCAAUUGCAGUCACAGUAUUGCUACAUUCUUCUACCUUUGCUCUCUCCUCUUCUGAGUUAUCAUCUUACUCUGUCUCGUCAAAUUCUGAAGAACGUGGCUCUGCUUCUUCUGGAAGUGAGGUACUCUCUCAGACAACUCAAGCAGUUUACAAUGGUGAGAUACCACUUCAACCUUCCUACAGUAGUGAAGUGUUUCCUCUAGUCACCCCUUUAUUGUGUGACACUCAGUUGCUCAACACUUCCCCUGAAGCAUCAAGUAGUGAUGUGACCUUGCAUGCUACACCUGUAUUUCCCAGUGUUGAUGUGUCAUUUGAAUCCACCUUGUCUUCCUAUGACGAUGUACCUUUGCUUCCAUUUUCCUCUGCUUCCUCCAGUAGUAAAAUGUUUCACCAUUUAUAUAUGGUUUCUCAAACAUUUCCACAAGCUGCUUCAGCUAUUGAAAAUGAUGAAGGGUCCCUGCAUGUUUCUUUGACAUUGGAGGAGGGUGGCACAUUAACCCAAUCACGCCUCUCUCAGUUUUCUGAUGUGACCUCAUAUCAGAUGGUCCAUGCUACUUCAGAGACAUUGAGAUUUGGCCAUGAUAGAACUCACUUGUUAUCUCAAGUGGAACCACCCAGCAAUGAUUUCAGUGGGCAUGCAGUGUCUACAAUGUCUGAAUCUAUUUAUGCUUUAUCUGGUUAUGUGGGGUCUCCUCAAACUAUUGCUGCUUCUUAUUACACAUCUGAAUUUGUGCAUGAGUCUGUUGGCACAUUUCAUCAGGGUCCCUUGUUUAGCAGCUAUAGCAAUAUGCUGGUGCCUAAGCCUUCUCCUGCAGUCUCGCAAGCUGAUACUUCUCUGCGGCCUCCAUGUUUUCUUUCUAGUGAAAUGGAUUGCUCUGAAACUCGUUCUGCUAGUGAGUCCCUUUUGCCUGACACAGAUAUUUGGUCGAUACUGAAAGCUUCUUUGCAUGUUCCUUCCAGUGAAGUAAUGUGCAGCACACCUGUAUUCCCAGGUGAGGUUGAGAUGACUCCCCAAAAUAGUGUAAUGCAUGGAUAUGACAAAGGACUGCAAAUUUCUGCUUUCAGUGAAAAUACUGAAAAUGAAAUGACUGAACCUCCUACAUCCAUUUCUAAUUAUGAGAUUCCUAAGCAGGAUACAUGUGCUCAAGAAAGCCUCGUUACUGUCUCUAGUGCAAAGGGAAUCCGGCCAGCUUUUCCUGUUACUAAGGUGUUUGAUUAUUAUGUUAGUAAGCGCUUGGAAAAUGUUCCUAUUCAAUCUUUGCAUGUUACAACUCUGGCCUUUGAUGACGCUUUGCUUAAGCCUAUGCUUAGUGCAAGCUCACAGCAAGCUUCCUCUACCCCUGCUUCUAGCAAAAAACUGCCUUCUCCCAGCCAGCAGUACUUUUACUGGGCUUCAGCUACCCUAAAUAAUAUUUCAUUGCUGCAAAUCUCCUUUCAAUCCUCCAAUAACGAUACAGUUCGUAAAACACCUGUGCCUGGGGAUCCA